GCAUUAAGGAGAUCCUUUAUCGAGAUCUCUGGGACUGCGAAUUUUUCGACCAUCGUAAUUUGAUAGCAAGUUGUCAAAAAACCCCAGCUUGAAAUAAUUCAAAAAUAAAAAAAUGGUUGAUUACCUGAAAUUAAUUCUAAACGCUAGGGUCUACGAUAUUUUACAGCAGACACCCCUAACGAAAGCAAACAACCUCUCGAAUAGACUCGGCUGCAAUAUACACCUAAAGAGAGAAGACCUACACCCAGUCUUUUCUUUCAAAUGCCGCGGUGCAUACAACUUCAUGGCCCAUAUCCCAAAAGACGACAGGUGGAGGGGCGUCAUCACUUGCUCAGCGGGCAAUCACGCCCAGGGUGUAGCUUUGGCUGGUAGCCACUUAGAUAUUCCUUGCACUAUCCUUAUGCCAAAAAACACACCAUCUAUCAAAUGGAAGAACGUUGAAAGGUUAGGUGCUAAAGUUAUCCUCCACGGCGAUAACUUCGACGAAGCAAAAGCGGAAUGUUUCAGAUUGGUUAAGGAUCUCGCUUUGACAUACGUACCUCCAUACGACGACCCUUACGUUAUCGCAGGUCAAGGUACCGCUGCAGUUGAACUCACCAGGCAGAUUGACAUGUCAACCGUCGACAGCGUCUUCUGUAGCGUUGGUGGUGGCGGUCUUAUCAGUGGAAUGAGCGAGUACAUUAAGCGUAUUGCCCCAGAGGACGUCAAAAUGAUCGGUGCUGAAACUUUCGAUGGUGAUGCUCUCGACAGGUCCAUCAAGGCUGGUCAUAGAGUGACACUUGAUGAUGUGGGCACUUUCAGUGAUGGUACAGCGGUCAGAAUAGUUGGUGAGGAGCCUUUCAGGAUCUGUCAAAAACUGGUAGAUCACAUACAACUCGUCGACAAUGAUGCAAUCUGUGCCGCAAUCAAGGAUGUCUUUGAAGAUACACGUUCUAUUCCAGAACCAGCGGGUGCACUAGCAGUAGCUGCUCUUAAGUCAUACGUCUAUGAAAAUAACCUCAUCAAUUCAGGCAAAACUUUCGUUGCUGUUAUCAGCGGUGCAAAUAUGAAUUUUGAUCGGUUGCGAUUCGUUGCUGAAAGAGCAUCCCUCGGUGAAGGCAAAGAAUGUAUGCUGAGCGUUACCAUCCCUGACCAGCCAGGCAUGUUCGUAAAAUUGCAUAGCGCUAUACAUCCACUUGCAGUUACGGAGUUCGUCUACAGAUACGCAGAUGACGCUCAAUCGAAGAAGCAGGAUGCUGUCAUAUUCUGCUCAUUUAGUUUGCCGUCAGCUAGUGCUUCGCUUUCUCCGUCAGAGCGCCAAUUGCAAAUUGGCAAGGUAAUUAACGAUAUCAGGGAGCAGGGCUUCGACGCUGUUGAUGUAUCUGACAAUGACCUUGCUAAAUCUCAUGCAAGAUACCUGAUCGGUGGUAGAUCAUCAUGCCCUAGCGAACGUCUCAUAUCCUUUGAAUUCCCUGAACGUCCCAACGCAUUAAAGAAGUUCCUUACUGCCUUGAACCCAGGAUGGAAUAUCUCCCUCUUUCACUACAGAAAUCUCGGAGGUGAUGUUAGUAAAGUUUUAACAGGCAUACAAGUACCUGAAAGUGACAAUGAUGCAUUCGACAAGUCGUUGAAAGACUUGGAUUAUCAUUAUGUCGAUGAAACAAACAAUUUCGUUUAUCAGCGAUUCAUGAGAUUCUAGACUUUAGUAUAGAAGUUUCACACUAGUUAUUCUCGCGUCUCAUACAUCGUUUUAUAUGUUUGCAUUUGUUGGAACAGUGAA